CACUGGCGCGAAAAACGCACCGUGUGGCUUUUUUUUUUUAACCAGUCUGUGGGCGGAAUCAAUUACACCACUUUUUUUUUUUAAAACACAAACUGCCGAAAGAUCUUUAUAUCGAACUUCAGCUUUGUUUUCAUAUAUUUCGCUGGGAGUGACCUAGGGUUUAGCCUAUUUUCUUUAUUAGGAGUUCCAACUACCAGCUAAUACGGAGUAGAUUCGUAUCGGGUAUUGCUGAUUCGAAUCCUUAAAGAAACCGGUCGUGUGAAGACUUUUCCUUUAACAUCGCAAUCUAGUGUAAUCAUUCAUGCUUGGAAUAUACUCCAGAGUAUCGUGUAAUAGCUGGGAGAUGGAGUACGACUGCUAUCAGCACUACUUUUUAGAUGACCUUGACAAAGAAGAGGAUUUCUACAAGUCAACCGCGCCCAGUGAGGACAUUUGGAAGAAGUUUGAGCUGUUGCCCACCCCUCCCAUGUCUCCCAACCGGACACUCACCGGUGGUACCGUGCACGUCACCCCAGGAGACAAGCUUGGCUGGCUGUCUAAGGUCUUGAGUCAGGAUGACGAGUGCGAGGGGCUCCCUGCCGAGAAGCUUUUUGGAAACGUGAGCUCCAUUAUUAUCCAGGACUGCAUGUGGAGUAGUUUCUCGGCCAGUAAGCACUUGGAGAAAGUCAAUGGACGCCUGUCAGCUACGGCCCAGCCUCGUCUCUCCCAACCGGCACACCAGAAUGUCGCAACUAUGAAUGGAAGUAAAGUGCUGUGCAGCUCACUGACUCCAGCUGACACUCCGCUGCCCAGCGCCAUGACGACAGAAUGCGUUGAUCCGGCAGCUGUGCUCACCUUCCCGACCACCGGCUGUAGGAAAUCUGCUUCGUCAGGCUCUGAGUCUCGCUCCGAUUCCUCUGACAACGACGAUGAGGAGAUUGACGUGGUGACUGUGGAGAGUAAGAAGAACCGCGUCAGACUGUUGGGCCGACGUAAUCCUGGGACCCCGACUGUUCACGACGACCCCUGCCCAAAGCGUUUUCACAUGUCUGUCCAUCGACAGCACCACAACUACGCAGCCCCUUCCCCUGACAGUGACCCUGAAGAUGAGGACGACGACGACGACGAUGAUGACGACGACGACGAAGAGGAGGAGCCACAAACCAAACGUUCCUGUCCUGCGUCCGGCCACAAGCGGCCAAACUCCCCGGACUCCACUUCCCCCGCGGGGUCCUCGGCAGAUAGCCCCCAGAGCUCCGACGCAGAGGACACGGACCGCCGGAAGAACCACAAUUACCUGGAGCGGAAGAGGCGGAAUGACCUUCGCUCCCGCUUCUUGGCCCUGCGGGAUGAGAUCCCUGGCCUGGUGGAGUCAGCCAAGACCCCCAAGGUGGCCAUCCUGACACAGGCCACGGAGUACCUGCUCCAGCUACACACCAGAGAGAAGCACCAGGCCCAGGAGAGGAAACGCCUCAAAGCUCGUCAGCAGCAGCUCCUCCGGAGGAUAGCGGACUUGAAGCGCUCUUGAGGGCUAACAAUCCAACAAACUAUUUACAAAUGAACUGCCUCAUUCUAAGAAGCCAUAGACCGCUCUAUAAGCAAGUUGCCACUUUAAAAAAAAAAAAAAAAACUAGCGCUGUUUAACAAACGAAAGCCUCCUUCAUAUAAAGCUAUCGAGUUCCUUUAAAACUUGGUGGAUCUGUCAGCUUGUGAAUCCAUGGGAGGCUGGCAUUUAGGAGAUUUCUUUUUUUUUUUUGUGUUGUCUCUAUUUGCACAUUGAGUGAGGACAAGGUGGUAGUUAACUAUAUGUGACAAACAUUUGGUGAGUUGGUUCAUGGUGUGCAUGAGGAGUUAUUUCAAGUUUAAAGGAAGAGGUGAACCGUUAUAUUGUUUCUAGGCUCAAUUACUACCACAUCUAGAGCUAAAUGACACUGCCUCAAACUGGAACUAGAAAAAUGGUAUGUUUAAAUUUUAAUCUAUAUUGGUAGCAAGCUUGCCACAGUUGUAUUUGAUGGAACUCCAAAUAUCCUGUCAGCUUUUUAGGAAGCCCAGCUGAUUCACUGUCUGUCCUUUCAUGUGAAAACUACUUUCGGAAUUCACGGAUAAGGGUUAUGAUAGAUGUUGAUUGAGUGAUUUACACCUGCUCCUGGGUCUACUUGAGUAGUAGACUCCAUUCAAGUUCCAUUGUGAGGUACUGUGAAACCAGACUGCUUGACCGCGAGGGCCUGCUGUUGGGUCCUCUCUAGGUGAGAGGAUGCUGUGAUUAACCGGAAUGAACCUGAUGUCCAAAUGUCAUAAGACUGUCUAGGAUGUAGGGGUGAGUUGAUUGGCUGUUUAGUGUAAAUAGGAAUUGAGUAACCUUUUUGUUUGUUUUGAGUUAUUUUGAUGUAUAAAUUGUUUUUGUAAAUAAUAGCAUAUUGCUCUGUUAAGGAUAUUAAUUUUUUUUCUCUGUAACAUUGGUUUCGGGGAGCUUCUAUUUUGUUUAAUUACACAUGUCACUUUGCUAUGUUCACUGCUUGUUCCUGUUUGAAUUUUCUGAAAUGAGUAGAUGCAUUAAAUUUGAUAUAUUUGCA